UCGCGCCUUCCGCCCCCGCCCCCUCCUCGGCCAGCUUUUCCCCGAGGGUGGUAAGCAUUGGGACCUACAAACUGGGCUUCGCUCGCUCGCGUCUCUAUGGUUGGCGAGGCGACCGGAAGGGGAAGAAGGGAAGGCGGCGGACAGAGUAGGGAGCGGGGCUGCUGCCGCCGCCCGGACUGAGGCGACAUGGCGGCCGCCCAGGUGGCGGCGGAGGCCGACAUGGUUGGGGAGUGCUCGGCGGCCGGGGAGCCGGAGCCGUCGAAGCCACUGAAGUCGCCCAAAUCGGAGCCUGAAACGGUGGCGGCGGUGGCGGCGGCGGUGGCGGCCGCUGCUGCAGCGGCUGCCGAGGCUGAGGAAGCGGAAGGCGAUUCCUUCCCGGAGGACUACGGGUUGAUGCGCCUCGACUCGCCCACCUACGUCCUGUACAGGGACAGACCAGAAUGGGCUGAUAUAGAGCCGGUGCCCCAGAAUGAUGGGCCAAAUCCAGUGGUCCAGAUAAUUUAUAGUGAAAAAUUUAGAGAUGUUUAUGAUUAUUUUCGAGCUGUUCUGCAACGUGAUGAAAGAAGUGAACGAGCUUUUAAAUUAACUGGAGAUGCUAUUGAGCUAAAUGCAGCUAAUUACACUGUAUGGCAUUUUCGGAGAGUUCUCUUAAAGUCAUUACAAAAGGAUCUAAGUGAGGAAAUGAACUAUAUUACUGCAAUAAUUGAGGAACAGCCCAAAAACUACCAAGUCUGGCACCACAGGCGAGUGUUAGUGGAGUGGCUGAAGGAUCCUUCUCAGGAGCUUGAUUUUAUUGCUGAUAUUCUUAACCAGGAUGCAAAGAACUACCAUGCCUGGCAGCAUCGACAGUGGGUCAUUCAGGAGUUCAAGCUUUGGGAUAAUGAGCUGCAAUAUGUAGACCAACUUCUCAAAGAGGAUGUGAGAAAUAACUCUGUCUGGAACCAAAGACACUUUGUAAUUUCUAACACUUCAGGCUACAAUGAUCCUGCUAUCCUGGAGAGAGAAGUCCAGUAUACUCUAGAAAUGAUAAAAACUGCACCACAUAAUGAAAGUGCAUGGAACUACUUAAAAGGGAUUUUGCAAGAUCGUGGCCUUUCUAAGUAUCCCAACCUUUUAGAGCAGUUGUUAGAUUUACAACCAAGUCACAGUUCUCCCUACCUGAUUGCCUUCCUUGUGGAUAUAUAUGAAGAUAUGCUAGAAAACCAAUGUGACAACAAGGAAGAUACGCUUAAUAAAGCAUUAGAGAGUGAAGUGUGCAGACCCCAGAGAAGAAUUUAUACAACAUUGUAAAGAAAAACAACUUUGAAAGACCUAAGAACUCUCAUCAAUUCAAUGACCAACCAUGAUUCCAGAGGACAAGUGAUGAAACACGUUACCCACCUUCUGACAGAGAGGUCAACUUAAGGUGCAGAAUGAGACAUAUUUUCAGGCAUGGCCAAUGUGGAGAUUAUUUUGUUUGCUUAUUUGAUACAAGGGUUUUAUUUAUUUAUUUUUCUUUUUUUUUUUAUGACUGGUGGGAAGGGGGAAUAUAUGGAAAUGUUUCUUCUACUUGGUGUUGGUUAUGUUGAGAAUUUAAAAAAAAAAAAUUUUUUUUUUUUUAAAGAAAAAGCCAAAUAGGAAAGGCAGUUUCGAUCACCAGUUUUGGACUGUGUUUUUGUCUUUUCUUUGAAUCUCUAACACUUAUUAGAGAGCCUAGAAAAUAAUAAGCACAUAAUAGCUUGUUGACAGUUACUGACAGUUUUGGAGUGGCGGCUAUACCUUUUUCUGUAGAAAUGCUUCUCCUGGUUUCAGAUAGGAAAUUUCAAUUUUUUCAUCUUUUGAUCUUUGACCCAUAAGGAUCUAUGAAAUAAACUAUGGAAAAGGCAAAAAUGUGAGGAGGAACUUUUUUCUUGUCAGAACUGUUUUAGCUUAUUUAGUAAAGACACAUGAAGAGAAUUUUGAGUAUAUUCUGUGGGUAGACUUGCUUGUGAUCACUGAAAAGAAAGAGGAAAACAAAAGGGCUAUCAGAACUACCUUCUUGAGAGAUAAUAUGUAACUACUGAGGAGAAAUAGGAUUAUAAAUAAUCAAUAUUUUGGGUGAAUUGUAUGGUGUGUCCAGAAGCAAAAUCAUCUGCUUUUAUAUUGAAGUUUUGAGGUAUAAUAACAAGAUUAUUCACAGUGACUUUGAUUUUCUCUUGUUUUUAUGUAAUUGUAUGUGCAUAAUACCCUUCUAAUCAGCUCUCUUUAAUAUAGCACUCUUUCUGUGAAUUGAGUCUCCAGAGGAUGGAUGCUACUUUGGGUUCCCUUAGAAACCCUGUAAGUGACUAUUCCUACUACUAUAACUCAUGAACCACCAUUGGUCUGUCUCCAGUUAAGAAUUAGCCAGUAGACUUAAUUACCUUUUGACAAAGGCAUUAGGGUGAUGAUUAACAGUUAGUACAAAACAUUGACCCUAGAAACAUGUCCUUGAAAAGAGUAGUUUCCAAUUUGAAUUUAUAGUCAAAAGGCAAGAAACAAUGUAGGACACAUACAUACCAACUCUUCAUUCUAGAAUUCCUUUCCUGCAUCCAUAGGUAUGGAGUCAUACUCCUUGAAAUUGCUUCCUCUCUUCAAGUGACUGUCCCUUCACAUCCAUGUCUUCUGCUGGUAUGUUAGCUCCAAUUACUUAGCUGAUGGGAAGUAGGUGGGACUGGAAGAGAAAGUGAGGAAAGAGUAAAGAGAGUGUAGAAAAAAUUCCUUAACACCUAUUUAACAUUUUGUGAUUAUAAAAAUUUCUAUGCUUAUACUAAUUGAAGUGGGGAAUGCAGCUGCCUCUCUUACAUAUGUAUUACUUUUCAUAUUGAUUUCAUUUUUGAUAAAUUAUAUUCUUUCAGUUACUUAAUCAUAGGAGAUUAAGGGAUUUAACAUAUAGAUCAAUAUCACUACUAUGCUUGGCACAUAGUAGUUAACUCUUAGUACUUGAUUGAUAUGUUAGGAAAGAUGGUUUAUCUAGUUUAUUUCAUAAAUAAUACUUAUUGAAGUGAGAUGGCUGUCUGAGCCAGUUUAUUAACUAAUGAUAAAAAUGGAAAUUUUAUUAAUUAAUAAAAAUAUCCAAUACAUCUGGAUUAUUUGAGUCAUGGAUUAGAAGAAAUAUGGAAACAAAUCAAGUGGCAGAAGGAUGACCUUCAAGUAAAAUUGGUAAACCAUGUAAUUUUGCUUCACACGGGGAGGUUGUCCUAACAUUGACAUAUAGUUCUACCCACACACACAAGGCACUAGAUAGAGUAUAAAUAAGCUCUUGAGACAAAAGUUAGCUAAAACUUGGAAGGGGGGUUUGCUAUUAUAUGUUGGAUUCUCAGUUAUUAGGAGUAACCUCUAAGAUCUGCACCCCUAAAGACUGGUUUAGUUUUUCUCUAAAAGGCAGAAAAACUGUCCCUGAGACUUGACUGAUCCAGAGGAUAGCCUUUGACAUGGCUUCUUAAUCACAUAAGGCACAAAAAGGCUAUCCUACAAAGAGCUGAUGCCUGUUAGACUUGAUCUCCCAUUGCCAAACAAGCCAACAGACUUCUGAUCAGAGACAUUUCUGUGUAGAAGGGGAGCUGUGUCUACAUGAACCAGUGCUGUAUCUUUGCUGAAUAUCAUUUCUAAGCUAUUGUUGAAUAAACUAUGUUUUUUUAAAAUGUA